UUUUGUACUAAAAAUUAUGUCACUUCCCCACCCUGAUAGCCGAGGAGUUUUGUGUGCGGUGUUUUCCUGCAAAAAUCCUUAAAAAUGGACCCAAGUAGCCUAUCUUCAGCGCAAAAGGAUGAGCUGAUGGAUACUGUGAAACAGCAAGUUGCUGUUGCUCAUGCACAGGAAUUACUAGGGAAAAUGACUGAAAAAUGCUUCAGAAAGUGCAUUAAUAAACCCGGAACAUCCCUAGACUCCUCCGAACAAAAAUGCAUUGCAAUGUGCAUGGAUCGUUAUAUGGAUUCAUGGAAUCUUAUUUCCCGCACAUACGCUGCCAGACUUCAACGAGAGCGAAGUAAUAUGUAAAAUGUACCUAUAGAUUAGUUGGUAUUUUCCAAAAACAAAUAGAUAGUCUUCUGAAAUGGUUAAUUUUUA